CCCAUUACCCAACUCAAACAGCUACGAAAUCUAAGCCGUCUAUUUUAGGGCUUAGAUAAGAAGACUUAGUUUUAAAACCCUAAAUCACAAUUGACGGCUCUUCCUCUCAUUCAUUCCCCGAAAACCCUUUCAGACUUCUCACUAUCAGGUAAUGGCUCCCAAACCACCAAGCUCGGGUCUUUUUGUUGGCCUCAACAAGGGUCACAUUGUCACCAAGAAGGAGUUGGCUCCAAGGCCAUCCGACAGGAAAGGGAAAACAAGUAAGAGGGUUCUUUUCGUGAGGAGUCUGAUCAGAGAGGUUGCUGGUUUUGCUCCCUAUGAGAAGAGAAUCACCGAGUUGUUGAAGGUCGGCAAGGACAAGCGUGCAUUGAAGGUGGCCAAGCGAAAGCUCGGAACACACAAGAGGGCAAAGAAGAAGAGAGAGGAGAUGUCAAAUGUUCUCAGGAAGAUGAGAUCUGCUGGUGGUGCCGAGAAGAAGAAGUGAUCUGUUGUUUCGAGUUUAAUUUUGUCUAAACAUUUUAGUUUGUGGUAGUGAGACUUUUAGCUUUACAAAAGUUCAGAAGUUGAAUUAAAAUUUUGAUGACUAUAUUAUGAAUUUAUGAGUGAGAAAUGUUAGCUCUGCUGGAUAAUUCUUCUAAUUCCUUCAUUGUUGGAGCAUGAACAGUUCCUCUCUUUCUUCAUUUACUCCGUAUUGAUGUUUGCUGUGCUGUAUUGAAAUUGAUUCUCGUAUUAUUGAAUUGUGAAUUUGCGCUUA